AUGAUGCUAAUAACUCUCGUUUGUUUUGGGUUAAUGUGUUGUUCGACCGUGUUUGCGCAAAGUACACCACGCCGAGAUGCCGAAUAUCCACCACCAGAGCUGCUCGAGGCGUUGAAACCAUUGCAUGAUAUUUGCAUUGGAAAAACAGGUGUCACAGAGGAAGCGAUCAAGAAGUUCAGCGACGAAGAGAUCCACGAGGACGAGAAGCUCAAAUGCUACAUGAACUGUUUGUUCCACGAGGCCAAGGUGGUCGACGACAACGGUGACGUGCAUCUGGAAAAGCUGCACGAUUCCCUCCCGAACUCGAUGCACGACAUUGCAUUGCACAUGGGCAAACGAUGUCUCUAUCCCGAGGGUGAAAAUCUAUGCGACAAGGCGUUCUGGCUGCACAAGUGCUGGAAGCAGUCAGAUCCAAAGCACUAUUUCCUAGUUUAAGAUGCAGCUUUCAGCAGCUAGACCGAAUGCUUACGAGGAUGCGCAUCGUGACUCGGUGGGAUUGAGUGAUCCUUGCUUGUUACAGGCUAAUCUUCACGUAAAGGAGCAGCGCGCAUCCACCGGUUACCAGCAUGCCAGCUCGUGCUUCGGAAUUAGUAAUUAACCUAUUUCGCUUGCCUUCCGCAUUGCACUGCACGUAGUUUCCCAACUAACCGACCAACCUGUGACUA